AGCAAGCACUCACCAGAGAGAGAGAGAGAGAGAGUCUCUUGCAUUUUGCUCUUUCGUUGACAGCAAUGAAUGAUUAGAACAAAAAUAAUUUUCUUUGGAAAAAAGAAAAAUGAAAAGGAAAGGGAGAGAUAUUUUUUUGUCCAAAUUAGAAGAAGAUUCUUUAAGCAUUUUAUUUCUUUCAAUUCCGUUCGGUUUCCACCAGAAUUUACCAUCAGAUUUCUAUCAAUUUCUGCGUGUAUUUUGCUGUUGAAUUUCAGUUUCGGUUUUGAAGCAUUUUUCAGCUGAAAACUGCGCGUUAAUUUCCAUAAUUCAGAUAAAAGUGAAGUUAAUUCUGGAAUUGGAUAGUGUGAGAGAGAAUUUUCUCGGGGGGAAAAAAAAAAAUUCAAAAGAGCACUUCAAUUACAGCAACUGGGAAUCGGAGUCUUAAGUUCAAAUCCAGACCUCAAUUUGCUUUGGAAAGUAAAUGCACUUCCGAUCUCAGGCGAGUCCUGACAUCUCUUAAAGUGUUCUGCUUGGCUCGAGAAACGGAUCUGACAACAAGGAGAAGCAUUUACAAGAAGGGAAAAAAAAAUCUCUAGUUUUCAAAACUGGAAUUCUGGUCCAUUUCCAGAAUCUCUACAGUUUCAUAAAAUAGUCCAGACAUAUUAAUCACCGGAAUUGUUCGAAUCAAUUUUCUUUUUCCAAAAAGGAAAAAAAAGUUGUUGAAUUUAUCAAAAAUAUCUCAGUCGUGGAUGGAGCUUCCUCAACAACAUCGUCUCUUCGAAACCGAAGGAAGGAAAGCAACACACGAUUUUCUCUCACUGUACAGUCAUUCAGCUGUCCAACAAGAUCCAAGGCCACCUUCUGAAGGUUACCUCAAGACUCAUGAUUUUCUACAGCCACUGGAACGGGUAGGGAAGAACGCUGCCAAAGAAGAAACCACCGGUGAGAUUUCAUCCCUUGAAAAGCCACCGCCUCCAGCACCUCCACCCUCAGUGGAGCACACCCUCCCUGGUGGGAUUGGAACUUAUACUAUUAGCCACAUUUCUAAUUAUUUCAAUCAAAGAAUCUCAAAGCCAGAAGGUAGCGCAAUAUUCACCGUAGCGCAAGCCAGCAGUGCAGAGAAAAAUGAGGAUGAUUCCAACUGCAGUUCUUAUACCGGGAGUGGAUUCACCCUGUGGGAAGAAUCUGCAUUGAAGAAGGGAAAGACAAGGAAGGAGAAUGAGGGAGAAAGAUCCAACAUUGUAGGAGAAGAGGCGGUGAAGGCGGGGCAUUGGACGUCGUCGGAGAGGCCGUCACAGUCGUCAACAAACGCACAUCUCAAUAGUUUCAGCUCUCUCUCUUCCUCUCAGCCGUCAGGACAGAAGGGCCAUAGCUUUAUAGAAAUGAUAAAAUCAGCCAAAGAUAGUGCCCAGGAUGAUAAUUUAGAUGACGAGGAGGAGUUCGUUCUUAAGAAAGAAAGCCCUUCACCUAUCCAUAAAGGGGAAUUAAGGGUAAAAGUGGAUGGAAAGAGCACCGACCAUAAAGCAAACACGCCACGAUCGAAACAUUCCGCCACUGAGCAACGGAGGAGGAGCAAAAUAAAUGACAGAUUUCAGAGGUUGAGAGAACUCAUUCCUCAUGGCGACCAAAAGAGAGACAAGGCGUCAUUCCUUUUAGAGGUCAUCGAGUACAUUCAGUUUUUGCAAGAGAAAGUACAAAAAUACGAAGGGUCAUACCAAGGAUGGAACCAUGAACCUGCAAAAUUGGUGCCAUUGUUGACCGUCCUUUGGUUAAACCAGAGAAACGGUCACAGGCCUUCAGAAAGUUAUGUCGAUCAAUCUCGAGGCAUGAAUAGUGGUGCUGGUCCUGCGUUCCUGUUCGCUGCAAAGGUAGACGAGAAAAACAUCGCACUCUCUCCAACCAUUCCCAGAAGUGCACGGAACCCAGUAGAGUCUGACAUAAAAUCAGCCACUGCCUUUAAACUGCUGGAUCACCAUCCUGAAAUAACAAAUAAAGCAAUGCCUUUUCCUUCCUCACUGCAGCCAAACUUCUUCAGUUCUUGUAGAACUGGUGGUGCAGUGGCUCAAGUUCCACCUAGGAUGGUAUCAGAUGCCGAGAAUAUGACAAGUCAACCUCAAUCCCAAUCAUAUCAGAUCAGAUCAUGUGCCAAUGACGGAGCUGUUGCCAUUGAUAAGCUGAAAGAACAGGAGCUCAGCAUUGAAGGUGGUGCCAUUAACAUCUCAAGUUUGUACUCUCAAGGAUUGCUAAAUACUCUGACACACGCACUGCAGAGUUCUGGAGUAGAUUUGUCACAGGCCAGCAUCUCAGUGCAAAUUGAGCUGGGAAAGCGAGCAAAUGGAAGACCAAUUAUUCCAGCAUCUAUUGUUAAGGAUAAUCAAAUUCCCUCUAGCAACCAAGGUACAAUACGGCCAAGAGUCUCAAGCGGAGGGGAAUGCCAUGAAGCCCUAAAGAAGCUCAAGACAAGUAAAAGUUAGUACGAAAGUUUCUUAAUAUUCUUUUUUUGACUUUAUUCUUUUUUUUUUUUAUAUAUACUUUUGUGUCAUCAUGGGAGUUUAUUCAUGUCUUCUCCUGGUUUAUAAACUACCCAGUUGAGACCGAGACGAUUGUACAUGUAACUGUUUUGUGUUUGUUGGGAGCACAGAGUUCCUAACGAACAAAUUUGUACUAUUCAUUUUCUAUUUUUGUGUAUCAUCAUAUGGGCUUCCACAUUCCAACGCUGAGAAGCUGCUUUUCAUUAA